UUUUUUUUCACUUUACAGUUUGAAUCUGCCUAUAAACCGAAAACGUUAAGAAACUGGGAAGUCCCGAAAGCGUUUCCCGUUACACCGAGACGUAGGAUCGGGAAAACGCGUGUGAUAUCAAACGAGCGGGGUCACAUUUUGCCCGACAUUAAAAAAGGGAAGAAACCGCCUUGGGGGGAGUUCCUUGGCACUUGGAGUUUACCCAGAACGAUCGAUAAGAAAACCGCAGUACAGUUAAACAAGAGCGAUAAAGACAAACGAUUUUCUGCCUUAAGCAACCGUGACAAAGAAAAUGAAGUGGUUCAGCAUGGAUUAAACAAUGAACAGGUUCCUUAUGUGCCAGGCGACUUAACCGAAGAAAAACACCGUCCGGACAGCCACGAACUCCUCGCCGAAAACCGUUUCAAUGACAAACCGACGGAACCGCAUCCCGGCUUUCCGAAAUACCGCGACGAUUUCUCUCGUAAAUCCCCGGAACCUCCCAGAACCCUCGACGACCAAGUGGCAGAAGUUCUAAACAAUUGCGGCAAAGACACCAUGGUAACUAACUCAGAGGAGCGUAAAAAAACCGGAAUUUUAUCGCCAAUCAGAACGGCCAUCUCGAACUUCGUCUUAGCGAAGAAGUUACACAAAGAGAACCUGGAACACAACCCCUUGCCCGACACCAUAACGGAUUCGAUCUAUCGCAAGUUACAGCUGCAACGCAUGCUCGAGCCAGGACUUACUUUACCAGACGAGAAUUACGCUUGCGGAGUGGGUUGGAAAGGGCACCCGGGCUACGGACCUAAUAAAUGCACCAAACUGAAAAUCUACCGUCCAAAAACCUGCGCUUUGCACCCAAAAAAGGACCAUUUAGACGACAGACCUAGCAGCGUGGGCAGCUUCGAACGCAAAUGGCGUUUUAUACGACAAAACAAAGUCAAUCCGAUAGACCUAGCGAUUUGUUGGGACUUAUGCCCGGAGAACGUUGCCGACGAACCGAAACCCCCCGCACACAUUGACGGUUCCAAUGGUUCCCAAGCCCCCGCGGUGUUUUCGUUGGUGCACACCCCCAAGGACGAGGGGGACAACGAACGGGUGCCGAAAUGCGACGGGGUGCACGGCUGCGGCCCGAUAUUCGACCACGGGGCGAAAGCGAACCAGGAGAAAGAGUUCAUCUUUGACCGACCGAAAACGUCGAAAUGUAGCAGCGAGACGAGCGGCAAAAGCGAGAAAAAACGCUCGAAAAGUGCUCACGAUCGACAAGAAGAGAAUAAACCCGCGGGAGGAAAUAGCAGCAGUUGCUCCUCCUCCUCGGCAAAAGGAAAACGCACUCACCACCGCCAUAGAAGUACCCCGAACUUGAGCGAACUAAGCGGGGAAAAAAGUGAAACGCCACCCUGUAAACAACACUCCUGUAAAAAGUUGGGGAAGCGCUUAUGUGUCGCAUGCGAAUUAAAUAAAUUACCGAGGGAGCAGGGCGCAAAGCAGAAAACCGAAUACAAGAUGGCGUUCAAGGCGGGCGUGCCUCAAAAAUUUAACAGGGAGAAACGCGAGGAUUACCCGGAACAUUGGCGUCUGGCCACCGUCUACCAACACUCGUAUAAACCGCCGCAUUUGAGAAAACGUUCUUUACUACAAACUGUUUAUAAAUAGAUCUGAGAAGGAUGGUUUUUAAAAUCCACGAUAUCACAAACAUCUCAUGUCACAGUAUCACAACAUUUUUGUGAUACUGUCGAUCUUGAGCGUUUGUUUUGAGUGGGAUUGUAAAGUGAAAGAAGCUCGCUUAGCGGUGGUUCCCUUUGUUUUUCUUCUGUAUAAAAACGUGUUAGUUGCUUACAUUUAUACCGUUUAUAUGAGUAGAAUAUGAA